GUAACCAAUCAAGCGUGUAGAAAGGCGGGAUUUCCGGUUGUUCACGAGCGCCAUACUGGCGAGGCUAAUUUUGCAAUCAAACGAGGUCGUAUCCUCCCGCCAUCCAGGAAGAAAAAUAAUUCCCAAUUAAUUAAGAGAAAAGAAAGCGAACACAAGCCUGGAGAGAGGGAGCGGUUAAUUCCACAUAACGUUACGUGUGAAAGGAAUUUAUGGGAGGAUUCCUGGCCGGCGGUUUCUUCGCUGAGAACUCCUGCUGUGUGGCGCAGUGAUACGGCGGCGGCGGGCGGUGAGGGGGCGCCGCCAUUUUGUUUUGCCGAGGUCAGGCGGCGGCCGGCGGGUUACACUAGUUACACUAGUUAGCGGCGGUUAACCGGCGCCCGGUCAGCCCGGCCUGUGCUCGUUGGUGGUGGUUACCGACCCGGCGACAGGAGUUGGCGGCCCCGGCCCCGCUGUGUGAGGCGCCAUGACCCAGUUCCUGCCGCCCAACCUGCUGGCGCUGUUCGCGCCGCGGGACCCGGUGCCCUUCCUCCCGCCGCUCGAGCGGCUGCCGCACGAGAAGCAGCACAGCCAGCCCUACACCGGCAUCGCCCGCUUCGUCCGCGAGUUCGAGGAUCCCAGAGAUGCCCCACCUCCGACAAGAGCUGAGACACGCGAGGAGCGCAUGGAAAGGAAGAGACGUGAGAAGAUUGAGAGAAGACAACAGGAAGUUGAAAAUGAACUUAAGAUGUGGGAUCCUCACAAUGAUCCAAAUGCACAGGGUGAUGCUUUCAAGACGCUGUUUGUUGCCAGAGUGAACUACGACACAACUGAGUCCAAGCUGAGACGUGAAUUUGAAGUCUAUGGUCCCAUUAAAAGAAUCUACAUGGUAUAUAAUAAACGGACUGGAAAGCCCCGUGGUUACGCUUUUAUCGAAUAUGAACAUGAGCGAGAUAUGCAUUCUGCAUACAAACACGCAGAUGGCAAGAAGAUUGACGGGAGGAGAGUUCUGGUUGAUGUGGAGAGAGGCCGCACUGUCAAAGGAUGGCGCCCAAGGAGGCUUGGUGGAGGGCUUGGGGGGACUCGCAGAGGUGGUGCAGAUGUCAAUAUCAAACAUUCAGGUCGUGAUGAUGCACCACGAUAUGAUGAGAGAGACCGGGAUCGAGAACGAGACCGAGAUCGUCGUGAAUGCAGCGAGCGCAGCCGUGAAAGGGAUAAGGAGCGUGAGCGGCGUAGAAGUCGUUCCAGAGAACGACGGCGCCCCCGAUCACGCAGUCGCGAUAAGGAAGAGAGGAAGGCUCGUAGUAGCCGUGAGCGAAGCAGAGAGAAAGAUAAGGAUAAAGAUCGAGAUCGCAAACGGCGCAGCCGUAGUCGUGACCGUAAGAGAGAGCGAGAUCGUGACAGGGAUAAGGAUAAGAAGGAAGAACGUACAGACGUAGAACAGCCUGAGGCGGGUGAUGGGCCCCACAAUGAUGCACAACAAGUCGAUGCAGCCGGUGAACCAGUUGAACCGAAACCUGAAUCAGAAGAGAAGAAUAGGGAACGGGGAGACAGGGAUAGAGACCGGGAGAGAGAUAAGGAGAGAGAUAGAGACCGGGAUCGUGACCGUAGACGGAGUCACAGGGACAGGGACAAGGAUCGAGACCGGGACAGGAGGAGAGACAGGGACCGGGACCGUGAUAGAGAUCACAAGCGGGACAGGGACAGGGACAGGGACAGGAAUAAGGAAUGUGACAAGCUGCAAGAUAAUGGGGCUCCAGAGCAAUUUGAGGAAAGUAGUCUGGACUUGUACAUUGACCUGGAGUCACAGCCUGCAGAAGGAUACAUGUUGCCUGAAAAUGGCUAUCAAAUGGAGCCACCCUCAGAGGGUUACUGACAAGGCCUGUUCAAAGUGAACUUUUAAAAGUGGACCAAUAUUUUCAUUUUCCUGUUUAACAGAAAUCCGCAGCUUUUUUUUUGUUGGUUUUAUGCUGUAGUGAAGGAAGUUUUCUGCGCGAGGUACUCGUUUUUUCUUAAGGUGGGUAAGUUCUAGUGACCGUAUCGUAGCAGAUGGUUUGGAAUCCUUCUCAAGCUUUGUGAAACUCAGUUGGUGAAUGUUAUUAAAUUCCUUUUUAUGGUGUAAUACACAAUAAACCCAGUUUUAAAGCUG